AUGUGCUGAGCUAAAAGAACGACUCAGACUCCUUUCUUACUUCGUCUACUAGUAUAAAGUCGCUGACGCGUGAGAUUGACUCUUGAUUAUCAGAUGUCAUCCGAGUUACGUUCCGAGCUAAUAGCCCGCUUCCCCGUUGUUCGAUACGUCCCCAUACCUGACGUUGGGUACUAUGAUUUGACAUCUUUCCCCGAACGGUUGGGCGAGUCACCUGUGCAGAAUGUUUACCUCGAGGCGCAUAAUGCACGAUGUGACAUUUGUUUGGUGGAUUUUGACCCUCCUCCGAGCAAAAGUUUGCAUACCGUCGCCGAGAUCGAGUCUGAUCCUCUUAUACAGCUCCCAUGUUCUCACGUAUUCCAUAAAAGCUGUAUUGGCAACUGGCUUCUUGGAACAUCGCAAUCCACGUGUCCUUCAUGCCGCGCAAACGUCAUUCAAAUGGAACGUAGUGGUAUUCGGAAUCACGGCAAUCGGUCUGUGCCGAUAUCGAAACGCCCCGAAACUUCUGUGGAGCAAUCUAUGGGCGAACUAUCACCUUCACCCUCCCUAACCAGCCACAAUAGUCAUUCACAUGUGUCGGAACGCCCCGGAAUUCCUAUGGAGCAAUCUAUGGGUAGAUUAUCACCCUCCAUGACCAUCCACAAGAGUCAUUCACGACUCAUUGCCGUUCCCACCUGUUUGGCCAUCAGCCUCAAGCCAAAGCUCUUUGCGCCCAACUCGGAGAAGGCCGAAGCGCCAAUUUUUUGCCAACGGUGA